CCCGCCUCCCAGCAGGCGGACUUACCCGCUCCCAGGCCGGCCCCGCGCCCGGGACAGGGACCGGGCCGAGCGGAGCCGCCGCGCCAGUGCCGCGCCUCCAGCCCGUGCGCCUAGCGGAUCGGAGCUGCGCGCGGAACUGUCCUGCCUCGCCCCGCGCCACCCGCGAGGAGGUACCUGCUGGGAUGGAGGAGGCUGAUGAGAGCAGGGAGGAGGUUUCUGCUCAGAUGCCUUCCAGCUGUCCAAAUAGAGUGAGAAGAAAAUGUUCUCUUUCUGGAACAGCGGGACUGCCAGGCCGGGAAGGCCAGGCUCCCUGGCUGACAGCCCAAGGGACCUACAACCUGACAAACAAACUCCGCUGGAGCCGGAGCUGAAGUUGAAGGAACCCGGUGGGCAGUGCCCUUCUCGAAAGAUGGGGGAAGACAGCGCCCUGGCAGAGGAGGCCCAGCAGGCCCCAGAAGCUGUGGCCCGAGGCAGCCGGGAUGACAGCUCUCCCCAGGAACCCUGGCACCUGAGAAACAUGAUCAGCAAGUCCCCUCUGUGCGUUCGCCCCGCAGGCUGGAAACUCCUGGCCACGCUGGCUCUGGUCCUGGUCGUCAUGGUUUGGUACUCCAUCUCCCGAGAAGAGAGGUACACUGAGCUCUUUUAUUUUCCCAUCCCAGAGAAGAAGGAGCCAUGCCUCCAGGGUGAGGCGGAGAGGAUGGCCUCCAAGCUCUUUGGCAACUACUCCCGAGAACAGCCCGUCUUCCUGCAGCUUAAGGAUUAUUUCUGGGUCAAGACGCCAUCUGCCUACGAGCUGCCCUACGGGACCAAGGGGAGCGAAGACCUGCUCCUCCGGGUGCUGGCCAUCACCAGCUACUCCGUUCCAGAGAGCAUCCAGAGCCUCAAGUGCCGCCGCUGCGUGGUGGUGGGGAACGGGCAUCGGCUGCGCAACAGCUCUCUGGGAGAGGCCAUCAACAAGUACGACGUGGUCAUCAGGUUAAACAGCGCGCCGGUGGCUGGCUACGAGCAUGACGUGGGCUCCAAGACCACCAUGCGUCUCUUCUACCCUGAAUCCGCCCACUUCAACCCCAAAGUGGAGGACAAUCCUGACACGCUGCUUGUCAUGGUAGCUUUCAAGGCCAUGGACUUCCACUGGAUUGAGAGCAUCCUGAGUGAUAAGAAGCGCGUGCGAAAGGGCUUCUGGAAACAGCCUCCCCUCAUCUGGGACGUCAACCCCAAACAGAUUCGGAUUCUCAACCCCUUCUUCAUGGAGAUUGCAGCUGACAAACUGCUGAGCCUGCCGAUACAGCAGCCAUACAAGAUUAAGCAGAAGCCCACCACAGGGCUGUUGGCCAUCACCCUGGCCCUCCACCUCUGUGACCUGGUGCAUAUUGCUGGCUUCGGCUACCCAGACGCCCACCACAAGAAGCAGUCCAUUCACUACUACGAGUAUAUCACACUCAAGUCCAUGGUGUGGUCAGGCCACAAUGUCUCCCAAGAGGCCCUGGCCAUCAAGCGGAUGCUGGAAAUCGGAGCCGUCAAGAACCUCACGUACUUCUGACGGGGCAGGAGCUGUACCCAUCCGCCUGCUCACCCUGCUGAGUGCCCCUGUCCGUGGCCGUGGGGGGUGCCCGGUGCCAGCU